GAUCUGUUGUGUGCAGUACAGCUGGAAUACGGGUGGUAGAGUUGCGUGAUCUCCACACCAUGGCUUUCCACCACUGGGAAUUUGUCACUCGACCCCCUCCACCAGUUCUGCACUUGCCUUGGGCACAGGUGGCACACUGGCCUUCAGAUACGCAUAUUGAAGUUGUGGCUGAGGACAGUCAAGGAAACAUUCUCAAGGGAUGUUUCAUGCCUCGCCCUCUCUGAGGAGAUUUCCUUUCUAGUAGUUAAUUAGCUAAUAGUUGCAAAACCUGCAUUUAUCUCUCCUGAAACUGUAUUGCAAGAGUAUCAGUUUUGAUGAAGUUUCAUCAUCUAAUUAUUCACAUAUACCUGUAACUACUUUAUUUAUUCAUUUUGAAUGCAGUGUAUGUGGUGGUGAUCAGAUUGUGCUUAUAAUGUCUCAGAGAGAAUCUCAUCUUGAAAAUACUUAAAAGCUACUAGUAUAGAGCUCUCAUAGUUAGUUCCUGUCAUGACACAUGUGGUUGAUUGUGAAGUGAGUAUUUGCUAAAGGAAAUUAGGAUGUCAUUAAUAAACUGAUGGAAUGCCUGUAUGCUGCCACUGCUCCCUGAUUACCAUAGUCCUAACCAAGGUAUGUCAAUUCAGAUUUCUUCCUAAUACUUUUUCCCAUUUUAUUAUUUUUGUCAUUAUAGAAAGUUGUGUAUAGAUUAAUCCAGACUGUGACAUACAUGUUUUAUCAGAGUGGAAAUCUCAUUUACUCUAACUUCUAACAAUCUUAUUUGUCUUAUGAAAAAAGGGGAAAAAAAUAUGAUUUUUAUAUGCAGAGAAUAUUAAUUUUCUUAAAUGUUGAAUAGUCAUUAUUAUAGAGAAGUGUCUUGCAAAAGUCUUCAUUUUGCUUAGGGUUUACAGAAACUAUACUCAAAUAUAGUUUUUGUAUAUGUAGUGUGAUCUUACUUAGAUUGUCAAUUUACCUGUAAAAUUUUAAUAUUGUAUUGUGAAGUAUUUCAUUUGAACAUUUAAGCAAUAUUAUUAGUGCUUAUUGCGAGACAUGUUAUUAUGGUUUUCCAUUGUAGUUUAUAAGAGGAAAGUCUGCAAUAAAACAUUUUUAGGUAUUAUAUUUUCUAAAUAGAUAUUUGCUCAAAUAAACAAAGUAGGUAAUUAUUUGCGGUGGUUUAAGGGUAAGUGCUUAGGUUAAUUAUCUCUGGUUCUUAGGAGACUAUAGGAGCUUUGUUUCCCCCAGAAGGGAAUUUUCAUGGGGUAAAGUUUCAGAUUAUUCUUGUUUUUCAAGUACUGGUUAGCAUAUUUUAAGAAAUUAGGAUAUUUACUUUCACAUUGGAAGAAAUAAGAAAGCUUCCUUUAGCAAGCAAAAAGUGCUUCAGCAUGCAAUGAUUUCUCAGAAGCUAGAGCACCAUUAUUAUUAUCUUUAUUUAUAUAUCAAGACUUUGAUUGUAUAACUGUGUACCAGUAUUUGAAAGUGAAUGGCUAUUACAUUAGUUGCCAUCAAAGUCCAGUGUUUUUAUAACAAGUUAUGGAACUGCAAAUUGGUGAAUUUUUAAUAAUGUCCACCAUGUACCGAUAUUACCUGGCACCAUAAUUGUGAUUUUUAUGUACAAAGAGUUUUGUGUUUCUGUUUAAAAUGCUCACAAUGUGUAAUGGACAGAAAACCUUCUUAGAUUUCUUCUUGACAUUCUUUACUGCCCUUCAUAUAACAUUCGUGCUUGAGCAUUCAACUGAAAGUUGUUCCAAGUAUGGUGUUUUUCAUGUCUCAUUGGAUGCUAAAAGGCUACAAUCUUACCAUUUACAUAGUGAGUGUUCCAAUUAAAUAUCAUUGUUUAUUUAAUAUUGUGGUAUGACUUUUCUCGAUGAAAUGCGGGAAUCAACUUUGUUGCAAAUGGCACUUUCUUAGAUGCUACUUUUAGUGUAUGUAUAUUAUGGCUAUUUAUUUAUUCACCCUAGGUUUAGAGACUGUGUAUUGCAGCUUUGUUUCCUGAUAUAUCUUUCUUAACCAAAGCAAACAAAGUGCCUAACAGAAAAUAGCUUUUCAUGAUUCAUGGAAAAAUUGAGAUUUUAUUUUAAUGUUUGCAGGCAUGUUUUACAAGGUACAAAUUUUUUUUAGAAGAAUGGAAAGUUAGAAAAAGAGUGUGUGUGUGUGUGUGUGUGUGUGUGUGUGUGUGUGUGUGUGUGUGUUGUGUGUGUGUGUGUGUGUGUGUGUGUGUGUGUGUGUGUGUGUGUGUGU